CAUUAACAUAGCAACGGAAAAGCAUGAUGGCGUCGUGUUGAACCUCGACAUCUGUAAAAUAAUAUAUUUUAUUCGGGAGAAUAAUGUAGAGAAAUUAGUCGCCAUCUGCAACUUUGGUUUACAUUUCUAUCAACACCCCUGGCGACUCGAACAACACAUAAUGGCAAACACGUCGGGAUUAAGUAUUGUUCCAUUCCAAGGUGCUGGCUCUAUUAACAGAAGGAAGAACACCACCACGUCAGCCAUAGACAAUGUAAAUGUGCUCUCGAAAAAUAUUGAUUUCUCCUUCUGCAACUACACCAAUACAGAAGACAUUAAAAAUGAGGUUCCAAGGGCGUCUCCAAGGAAGUCCAAACUUCCUGACAUGGAAAACAAGAAAGCUUCCACUAAAAGUGUCCGCCUAAACAAUAACAAACUGUGCGAUGUUUCCUGUAUCAAAGACACGCUGGAGGCUCAUACUGUCAACCCCCUGGAGGUAGAGUGGAUCGACCUCUCCUUCAACGAGCUCACCAAUAUUGAUCCUGUAAUAAUGGAUUUUGAAAGGUUACAAAUUCUUUACUUCCAUGGCAACAAAAUCAGUGAUUUAACGCAGAUAGAAAAACUCCGGAAUCUCCGACAUUUAAGGAAAUUGACCUUACAUGGUAACACCAUUGAAAACCAGAAGAUGUACAAACAGUAUGUGCUGUCCACGCUUCCCCAGCUUCAUUGUCUCGACUUCAGUCUGAUCACAAACGCUGACCGAAUCACCGCAGCCACCUGGAAUAAAAUACAGAACAAAGGUCCAAAGAAACAGAAACCAAAGGAUGAUGAGGACUGAAAAACACCAAAUAAACAGUUGUUGCUGAAAAACAUAGGUACUAUAACAUAGUGUUUCACUCCAACCUAUAAAUAUUAUGCAUCAACGAACAGUGGAACUUUACCUAACUGUGAACAAUAUCAUACUAUUGUUUAAGUAAUAUUUUGUAAUUAUUUCUAUAUCUUCUCAAAGUAUUUUGUUUGAUUUUUGAAAAAUCAUGUAGAAAUUUUAAGAUGUAUGUUUUAAAUAAAUUCUUGGAUAAUGAUAACACUUCAUAUCCUACCUGUUUUAAAGGGAGUAUGCUGACAAUUAAAAUGUAAUUUGAAAUAGUUUUUAAUCUUUGAUUAUUUGAUGGACCUUAUCCAAAUGUGUGGCAAAGAAGGAGACAUUUGUGAUAUAUAGAAAUUGUUUAAUCUUGUACACUAAAACAUUGUAAGUCAGGAAUCUCUUGUAAAAUGGGAACAUCUGGAAUCUUGUACGGCGGGUUUUGUUACUAAGUGUACUUAUGUGGGAUGAGAAAUACAUUUUGGGAAACAAAGGUCAUCAGCCCCUAACUAUUACCAUGCUAUCAUUGUGCCUGGAACCCCUGUUUCAUGAAGAAAGGUUCUCUGUAAAUGGUAUUCUGUUGUUUAGCAUGAUUAAAUGGGACAACCUGCUGGUGUGUGUCGAUAUAUUUAUACAAUAAUUUUGGUUUUAAAAAAAUCAUGAAAUAGAAUGUGAUAGCUGAUCAUUUCAGAAGAAUUAAAUUGUGAUAUUUCAUUUUUUUUUCAAAUUAUGCUUUAUAUGAUAUGUAUUAAAUAUAGUAUACAGUAAUUUAAAUAGCCACUUAUUUGGAAUAUGCAGAUUAUAUUGUGUUGGAGAUUUAAGCAGUAUUUGUUAAAGUGAUUUCUUAAAAAAACUUACUUUAUAGACAAGCAAUCUUUUUAUAUACAUGUACACUAUUUUUUAGUGGUAAGAUAAGAAUAUUUUGUUAUGUCUCGGAUACAUGAGUAUUAUCUUUGUCUAAUAGAUAUGUAGGUUGUGAUGAGAGCCUCACUGUAAUAGGGGUUUGUCGUUGUACAGUAAAAUACUACCAUACUGUAUACAUAUCCCACAAGGGCGUAGCCACAAUGUAUUACUUCAUUCACUGAUCAAUGUAAUAAAAUACUUGAAUCACUA